AUGUCUCGAUUUCCCUCCCAGCGAAAGAAGAACGUCCAGUCUGUGAACUCCGAAGGGCCCUGGAAAGUCGACACUCCUUUCGGUCCGCCACAGGUCCCCCGCUCGUUCCCUAACGGUGGCAUUCGGCGUCUGCGAAACACCCUCUUGAAACUGUCGCCGUCUUCCUUCGCCGAGAAAGAGGUGCUGCGCCAGAAGAAUCGCUUCAGGGUUCCCUUGACCCACCGGAAUGUGGACACCUUCGUUACAGAGCAGGAGUACAAUGAGGCUUGUCAACGGGAGCAGCGCACGCCAGACAUCGAGGUCGCCGAAUGGUUGGAGCGGCUCUACUGA